AAGAAUAAAUAGAAAAAGGAGUAAAGGGAAAGGCGUGAUCCGUAGCUCCCAAUCACGCAGGCUUUAUACUUUGGGUAGAUCAUAGAUUUACGAUCCCGUGAUCGGCAUAUGGCAUUGCAAGAACUGAGCAACAGUUACCAGCACGCAUCACAAUAAAUUGAAGGCUACUCGCUGACUUCACAGAGACACAGCCAUACAAGCUCUCCAAUUCUCGUAUUUUGGGCUACAGUUUUCACCGCUCUCGAGAUUUUUCUUUUCCUUUUAUUUUUCUAUGUAAGUUCAUUUCUCUAUCAUGAGCUUAUUGGUACUCUCUAGAGACCCAGAGAGCUGCGAAAUCACCGUGGACGAUGAAGAACCGGUGGUUUACUCGUGGUUUUGACGGACUUCUCAUCAAGAACCCCAGGACACUGCCUAGGGUUUCUUUGUUUGAGACGACUGGGAGCCAAUGAUUUGAUCGGUUGACUUGUUGAGUCACCAUGGAAAGUUUGAGUGAAGAAGACGAUCAGUUUUUUGAAGCCUUUGAGGACAUCGGAUCAUCAUCCGAUUCGAGCUCUGACUGCCUGGAGAAUUUAGAUUCUGAUUGUGGGGUAGUUGAUUCUUUGCCUGUUAGUACUAAUUAUGAGGUUUGGAUUAAGAACCUGGGCAGCAUUCAUGAACGACGCAAUAAAUUUCUCAAAUGGAUGGGUUUGAACGUGGAUGAGACCAGGGUUGAUCCUGGCAAUACAUCUUCACAGGAAGCAGAAGUUGAGACUGAUAGAAUGACAGAACAUAGUGGUACGGUUCUAAGAUCAUCAAAUUUUGAUGAUAGGUUUUCGUCAAACCAUUCUUCCAUGUCAUGUUGUUCCAGUGAUACCGACUUGAUAGAUGUAGUGUUGGAGGAGAAUUUCAUUUGUAGAAUUAGGAAUUUGGAUGAUGGAACAGAGUUCAUUGUGGAUGAACAUGGGCAUGAUGGUUUGUCAGGGAGGAUACGUCAAGUGGGCUCGAACCGAUUACUUACUGUUGCAGAGUUUGAGAGGAGUCUAGGAUUAUCCCCUCUGGUUCAGCAAGUGAUGCGGAGAGAAGCUGAAGUAGCAUCCAAUUUUAGGGCGGGAAGAAAGCAGGUAAAGAUGGGAUGGUUAAAGAGAUUAGGUGCUGUUGCUUGUGUUGUUGAUAGGCAAGUGGAAGCGGGAGGUAUUGAAGACAACGAACCCUAUCCUGUUGCAAGGUCUAGGGCUCGAGCUCAAAUGGUUAGAGUUCGGUCAUAUAAGAAGCAGUUCAAGGAAUUUUCUGCUCUUUAUAUGAGACAAGAUAUUCCUGCCCAUGAAGGUUCUAUUUUGACAAUGAAGUUCAGUCCUGAUGGCCAGUACCUUGCAAGUGCUGGUGAAGAUGGAAUAGUGCGUGUAUGGCAGGUGAUGGAGUUAGAGAGAUCAGAUGAGUUUGGCAUGCUUGAUAUUGAUCCUUCACAUGUAUAUUUCAAAAUUAAUAAUCUUUCUGAUUUAGUUCCUCUUCAUGCUGAUAAAGAGAAAAAGGGUAAACUCAAGAAUCUGCGAACAACAUCAGACUUGGGUUGUGUCGUCUUUCCUCAGAAAGUAUUUCGAAUAUCAGGGAAACCAAUCCAUGAAUUUUAUGGGCACUGUGGAGAGGUGUUGGACCUUUCAUGGUCAAAGAAUAAGUAUCUCCUGUCAUCUUCUACUGAUAAGACUGUUCGGUUGUGGAAAUUGGGCUGUAAUCAAUGCCUGGAAGUCUUUUCCCACAAUAACUAUGUUACAUGUGUCCAGUUUAAUCCCAUGGAUGAUGAUUCAUUCAUCAGUGGUUCCAUUGAUGGGAAAGUACGCAUCUGGGCAAUUCCUGGUUGUCAAGUUAUUGACUGGACUGAUGUUACAGAAAUUGUUACAGCUGUUUGUUAUCGAUCUAAUGGAAAGGGUAUAGUUGUUGGCUCCAUGACUGGCAAUUGUCGAUUUUAUGAUGCGACUGAUAAUCGUCUGCAGCUGUGUACACAAGUAUGCUUACAGGGUAAGAAGAAGUCAUCAUUCAAGAGGAUAACUGGCUUUCAGAGUUGCCAUUCUGUCCUGCAGUUUUCCCCCAGUGAUCCAACCAGAUUAAUGGUUACUUCUGCUGAUUCACAAGUCCGUAUCCUCAAUGGGGUUGAUGUGAUAUGCAAAUAUCGAGGGAUCCAUAAUGCAGGAAGUCAAAUAUCUGCAUCUUUUACACCAGAUGGGACGCACAUUAUUUCAGCAAGUGAGGAUUCUAAUGUCUAUGUCUGGAACUAUACUAGCCAGGAUGGGUCUGUGCCUCAUGUAAAGAAAAAUUGGGCGUGUGAGCGCUUCUUCUCAAACAAUGCAUCAGUUGCUAUACCCUGGUCUGGGAUCACAUGUGGGAAUAUUUCCUCAAAUAUAUCUGGGACAACGAUGCCAUUCACGAACUUGGGGCAAUGUAAUGAUGAAAAAAUGUUGGUGCAUUGUGAGCUGGGCGAGAGUUCAGAAUUCAAAUUGCCAUUUUCUUCGCCUGAUCAUUUCUCACUGAGCCAAGGAUUUUUCUCUGAGUCUGCACCCAAGGGUUCUGCAACCUGGCCAGAGGAAAACCUUCCUUCAAGCUCACUGGGAAUAUCAUCAAAAAUGUGUAAAUCCCAUUACAAGUUUUUGAAAGCAUCUUGCCAGACCAUGCAUGGUUCUCCUCACGCUUGGGGUUUGGUAAUUGUAACAGCUGGCUGGGAUGGACGGAUCAGAUGGUUCCAGAAUUAUGGAUUGCCAAUUCGCGUUUAGAUAUGUCAAGUUUCAGCAGAUCGCGAGGGAUUAUUUCUUUGAAAACUUUGCCAUUCUUUGGCAACACUCAGGUUUGCAUUAUUUUUUCUGCAGCCUUGUCAAUUGAGUGUGGGAGCCAACGCCAAGCUGAAUCUGCAUCCAUGGCCAUGGCAGGUCCUGUGCUGUAUAGUGUACACGCAUAGGCAGUGGUCAAGAUGUUAAAGAAAUCUUGGUUGUGUCUGGGAGAAGAAGAAUUUUAGGCACGCAAAUUAAAUUGUACUUUUACCCAGCAUCACUAGUGUACAUACCAUUCUUUAAUUUAUUUGCUUGGCAGUGGUGGCUGCUUACCCAAUCUGAAUUGCAGAGUUUUGUGGACGGUCAGGGGGGAGUUGAGGUUUGUGGGUGUAUGUUGGAGUUCCAUUUUUUGGUGUGGGUGAGGAGAAAUUAGCACUCGCCGCUGGAAUUGAAAGUUGACAGACUUGAAGGAUGGUAGGCACAUUCAAAUGAUUUCAUCCGUCUCUUUCUUAUGAUAGUUGCAUUUGGUUUUCUGAUUUUACUAUCAUUAACCCAAUUUAAGCAUCUAGCUUGGAAAGGGUUACGUUGUUGGAAGAUACUAGAAUUUGGCCAUCUCAAGCGAGCCUCCAGCCUUGCCAGGAAGGCAGGGCGUUCCAAAUCUGUCGUAAGCCCUUUUUUGUUUUUUUCUCAAAAAAGAAAUUUCCUUUGGGCUUCGGGUGCUUUGUCACAGUGGUUCAAUUGCAAACAAAAAGGAUAUUUUUGUAUUAGAUCUGGUGUAUCACUGUCAAGUGUAAUGUACUUCUGAAAAAGAAAUUUCUCAUAUUCAUGUA